UUUAUUUCUCCGUACAGCGAUUGCCCGCCAUAUUGGUGCUCUCCUCCAUCACACUGAAACAUCAUCGAGCGAGAGUUUUCAGUUUACCGGGGCUGUGAAAACGUCAACAUCGUCGUUCUUGUGUACUCUGCGCUAAGAAAUACGACAUCAUGGAGGCCGUUAAAGCAUUUAAUGGCGAGCUUUACUCCUUGAACGAAUACAAGCCUCCAAUAUCCAAAGCAAAGAUGACCCAGAUAACAAAGUCUGCCAUAAAAGCCAUAAAGUUCUACAAGCAUGUUGUGCAGAGCGUGGAGAAGUUCAUUCAGAAAUGCAAACCAGAGUACAAGGUCCCGGGGCUGUACGUCGUCGACUCAAUCGUGCGACAGUCGCGGCACCAGUUCGGCCAGGAGAAGGACGUGUUCGCCCCGCGCUUCAGCAAGAACAUCAUCGGCACCUUCCAGAACCUUUACCGCUGCCCUUCCGACGACAAGAGCAAAAUCGUGAGGGUCCUCAAUCUGUGGCAGAAGAAUAACGUCUUCAAGAGCGACAUCAUCCAGCCCCUCCUUGACAUGGCAGCAGGUCUACCGCCCCCCAGCCUGACCCCCGUCACCACCAGCAGCACGGCGCCCAUGAACAGCACCACCCCCGGAACCCCAACGACCCCCGCCACCCCAGCCAACAUGGUGCAAAGCCUGCCAGACUGGGCCUCCCAGAUCUCCAACACGGACACCGUGGCAGCCGUGGCCCAGAUCCUGCAGAGCCCUCAGGGCCAGCAGCUGCAGCAGCUGGUGCAGAGCCUGCAGCUCCAGCAGCAGAAGCCCCAGCCCUCGCUGUUGCAGGCGCUGGAUGCUGGCCUCGUAGUCCAGCUGCAGGCCCUCACUGCCCAGCUCACUGCCGCCGCCACCGCCAACACACUCAACCCCCUGGAGCAGAGGGUGUCCUCCUUCAACAAGCUCCUCCUUUCCCAGAAGCUGUUGGGACAGUUUGAUUUUGGGGGUGAUUCUGAACGCACCGAGAGUUCCAAAAAGGACGCGCCGCCAUCCCAACUGCCCAUGGUCUCCGACUCCCUCAACAGUUCCAUUUUCCACCAGCUGGCAGAGCAGCUGCAGCAGCAGAACCUGGAGCAGUUCCAGAAGCAGUUCCUGGAACACCAGCAGCAGCAGCAACAACAACAACAACAGCAGCAGCAGCAGCAGCAGCAACAACAGCAACAGCAGCAGCAACAGAAGGCAAUGUCUGCGGAGGGUCAGGAGGCAAUGUUUGGUUCUGACAGCUCAGCCACGCCGUCUCAGAGCCGCGCCCAGCAGCACCAGGAGGUCGAGGACAAGAUGGAUGACUCCAUCGACAACCAACAGCAGGACAUGGAUUUGGAUGAAGGCCAGGACACGGUGGACGAGGACAUGUUUGAGGUCGAGGAGAAGAAGACCGGAAGCACCAGGUCCAGAACGCGGUCCAGAUCCCGCUCCAGGUCUCCCAGGAAACGGCGGUCACGGUCACGGUCAGGUUCACGGAAGCGCAAGCACCGGAAGCGCUCGCGCUCGCGAUCGCGGGAGCGGAAAAGGAAGUCGUCGCGUUCGUACUCCAGUGAGCGGCGGGCUCUCGAGCGCGAGAAAGAGCGGCAGAAGAAAGGGCUGCCCCCCAUCCGUUCCAAAACUCUGAGUGUUUGCAGCACAACUCUGUGGGUGGGACAGGUCGACAAGAAAGCCACACAGCAAGACCUCACCAACCUGUUUGAAGAAUUUGGACAGAUCGAAUCCAUCAAUAUGAUCCCCCCGAGGGGCUGUGCAUACAUCAGCAUGGUGCACAGACAAGACGCCUACCGCGCCCGGCGGAAACUCAGCAGCGGCUCCUACAAGAUCGGCUCCAAAGUCAUCAAGAUUGCCUGGGCCCUGAACAUUGGGGUGAAGCAGGAGUACAAGCAGUGUUGGGAUGUGGACUUGGGUGUGACUUACAUCCCCUGGGAGAAGGUCAAGCUAGAUGACCUGGAUGGUUUUGUUGACGGGGGCAUGAUUGACCAGGAGACGGUCAACAGCGAGUGGGAAGCCGCGCGUAACGCAGAGCCACCCAAAGAGGCGCCCAGCCAGCCGGCCGCUGCUGAGCCCAGCAGCCUGAGCAGCACCCAGACUGAGGCCUUCACCCAACCCGUCACCAUGAUGCCUGUGCAGAUCCCAGUGGCACAAGGCGUCCCGGCCGUGGGGCUCAUCCCACCGUCUCACCCAACGUUCACCAUGGCGAUGCCUCCACCUGGUUUCGGGCCUCCGCCGCCUUUCCUGCGAGCUGGUUUCAAUGCCUCCCAGCCCCCUCCCGGUUUCAUGCCACCUUCUGUAGUUCCUCAGACAUCCGUGGGAUCUGCUGUCCCCUCAGUACCAACAUCCCUGAUGCAAUCCUCCAUGUCCGGGACGCAGGAGACCCCUAAAAGCUCGCCCUUCGGAGCAAUGAUCCCUCCCGUCAGCACCAUUCCGGGGAGCUUCAUCCCCCAGGCAGUCUUCAAUCCCGUCGGGGCCCAGCCCCAGCUGCCUGCAGAGAAUAAGGCGGCCCAGUCCGCGGACGGCUUGGACACCCCUGGGGAGAUAACGUUGCAAGGGAUGCAGAACGCCGUGCGGAGCGGGAUGGGCUUGCUGGGGAUGCACCCAUCCGCGUCUCUGACCCACCCGCUGCACCACCCCAACCUCGGCGGCCAGAGGAUGCCAGGCCUGCUUCCCCUGGAGGCCCGUCCCAGCCUGCUGCAGGGUGCCGGCAGCCGCUUCCCCCUCCUCAUGGCCAACAGACUGGUGCACCCUGCCAACAGCCUGACCCCCAGCCCCGCCCUGAACCCAGCCCAGCCAGCUCCCCCCCGGGCCCCCGGCCCUGCCUCCUUCCCUGAACCUGACCAGUUCGGCAGAGCUCAGGGGGUGUUCGGGCAGCCCCCUGUCCAGCCCCCCGAUGGCCCCGCCCAGCCCAAGGACCGGUCCCCUGCGGGAGGCAAUGGCAUCCAGCAGGAGAAGGACCAGGAUUACCGCUUCCCGCCACCCGAAAAGCAGGGGCUGCUGCCGACCCCGCCACCAGAGAACAGACAGAUCAGGGAAGGGCCCCAGGGGGACGGCGGGGAGGGUCAGGGCAGGAAGGAACCACUCAGCGGCUUCAAACACGAGAGCCGCUGGGGCCCACCUAGGGGGGAUUUUGACGAGCGGGACCUGAGGGGUGUGCCUACUGGGGGCCCCAAAGGCUUUCAGGACGAGCGGCAGGGUCCCAGAGCGAACUUCCCAAAUCGUUUUGAGAAUCGAGGAGGAGGGGGAGGGGGAGGGGGUGGAUCUGGAGGUGGAGGUGGGGGAGGGGGCGGAGGAGGAGGAGGGGGUGGUCCUGCCUGGAGCCGCGGUGGUCGGGCAGGAGAGGCGGACAUGCACCAGGACUUUGAUGACCGGCGGCGGACCUGGGACCGUCAGAGGGACCGCGACGACCGGGACUUCGACUUUCGGCGGGAGAUGAAUGGCAGCCGCCACGGCCGGGAGAGGGAGAGGGACAGGGAGCGUGACCGUGACCGCGGGCGCGAGAGAAAUCGCGAACGUGAGCGGGAACGUGAUUGGGACCGUGACAGAGACCGCGAAAGGGAUCAGGGACGUGACCGCAACCGCCAGGCCUGGGCGCCUCCUGUCCCAGCUCCGGCUCCGGCUCCGGCUCCGGCUCCGGCUCCAGCUCCAGCUCCAGCUCCUGCCCCUGCCCCUGUCCAAGCUCCAGCCCAAGCUCCAGCCCCGGUACCAGUACCGGUACCGGUUCCAGUCCCUGCCCCCACCCCAGUCCCUGCACAAGCCCCAGCUCCAGCUCCAGCCCCAGCCCCAGUCCCAGUCCCAGUCCCAACCCAAACCCCAACCCCAGCUCCAGCUCCAGCUCCAGUUCCCACUCCUACCCUCAAACCGCAAGCACCCUCUGUUCCUGAAAAGUCUGCCAACGACCAGGAGCAGGAGAAUCCGCAGUGUGUGAACGGGGCAGGGUCGAAUAGCACCCCAUCGGCCCCUGAACCACCCGAGGUGACGUCUGGCCCCGAGGAGCCUCGGAACAAUCUGGAAAAGCAUGCCUCCCCUAAGGAUGUAAGCAAUGAACAAAGUGUACCGAAGGAGGAUGCAGAAACGCAGCCUGUGGUAGAGAAAACAGAAACUGAGGGGACAUUAUCAUCACUCAGUAGGUAAAGAUCAUUUUGUAAAGUUGUCAUCUCUGUACUCAUUCAUAAAGGCCCAAUGGACCUGUUGAGUAAAUUCACUUACUGUCCCGACACAGAUAAUUUAACCAGCUUUGUGUGCAUCCCUCACAUAACUGUAUACCACGUUUUAACUUCCUUAGAAUCAGCUGGCUAGAAGAUUAAAUGGUAGGUAAUGUUUUUAUUUUUUUGUUUUUAAUUGCAACGGAAGCGAAACCUCGCCCCCAGUUUUAACAAGGCUAUUUUAAUGAAGUGCUCGCUAAGAUGUUUUUAUUGUGAAUGUGAGAGGGGGGGGAGCUUUGACCUUCCUAUGGAAGAGUUGUAUGGAAUCCUGGCUGAUGAAUUUGAUGACAGAUUAUGGAAUACUUGAAAACAGCGGGUUCUGGCCUAUGUUGUCUGUCCUCUUUUUAAAAUGCUGCAGCAGUUUUAAUUGAAUGCUUUUCGUGGAGUUCUUCGCUGUUUCUGUCUUUUUAACACACACACUUGCCAGUACAGUGAGAAACUUCGGUUGUCCUCUGAAAAGGGUAUACAUUUAAAAGAUUAAAACAUCUGUGUUAUCCCAAAAAUAAAUGUCUGUGAUUUUUUCCAUACUGCAGUGAAUCCUAUAGCAACAUUAAAAAAAGAGAAGAAAAAAUGUAUUUAAAAAAAGAAAAAAAAUUAAAUGAAUGUUGGGUGCAUUGUUUUUAGUUGCUAAUAAACAUCCUGUUUGAUAAAAA